AUGAAGAAAAUCAAACACCAAGCAACCGACACUGACCACCAAGAACAAGACCCUGAUGAGAACCAAUCCCACCUUUUCCACCUCCCAUACCACAUAACACUCCACAUCCUCUCAAGAAUCCCAAUCAAAGCCCUCAUCCAAUGCCGCUCUAGCAGCAGCUCUGUCAACCCAGACUCCCCAAGCCUCUUCUUGAUCGACCUAGACAAAGCCUCUGCCAGAAACGACGUCGUGAUCAGGCUUCCCAAAGACCCCAACGUCCCAACUCGCCGUGUGCAAGUUGUGGGUUCAUGCAAUGGCCUCCUAUGCAUGUAUGACAGGCUCAAAUGCGGCCACCUUUACAUUUCCAACCCCAUGAUCGGUGAGUCUUUGGCACUUACUAUACCUAUGGAAAUUGACUGUCAGUUUGUUUGUGGGUUUGGGUUUUGUCCUACUAGUGAGGUUUAUAAGGUAGUUGUGUUCACUUCCCCUAGUGAAGGAACUGAUCAUGAGGAGGUUAAGGUUUUAACUGUUGGGUCUGGGGUUUGGAGAAGUAUUGGGAAUUGUGUGUACCAUUUUGGGUACCAACCUUAUGGGGUUUAUGUGAAUGGCUUUCUUUAUUGGAUUGUUCAAACUAGUGAGGGUUGUGCUUCGAUUUGUGCCUUUGACAUUGAGAGAGAGUGCUUCCGAGAGCUGCCACUGCCGCCUUGUUCUCUGAAAAAAUCUGUCAUUAGCAUUGGAGUCCUGGAAGGUUGGCUCUCUGUGUUUGUUGGGUCCAGAAGUAAUAUCAAGGUGUGGAUGAUGAAAGAUUAUGGGGUUGAGGAGUCUUGCACCAAACAGAUUGUCAUCAAAGCAAGCUCGUCCGGCAUUCUUGCGGAAAUGCUUGGUCACUCGCCUCUUGCUGCUCAAGUGUUGAAGUUUACCAAGAAGGGGCAAGUUUUGCUGCUGGAUAAUUAUAGACUGCGUGUUUUUACUCCUGGAAAAAGAGGCUUUGUACCGCUUGAGAUUGAUGGGGUACCUUAUACGGUUGAGGCAUUUGUGCAUACCCCUAGCUUUGUUUCGCUUGCCGAUGCCAUUAGGGGUUAG